AUAUUUAAACGGAACACUCGGACGACAACUCGAGCCGCAUCCUGCAGUGGACCAAGUAGCUCCGGACGCCAUCUCUUUCUCUUUCUUCCUAAUCCUCUGCAAAAUUUGACAAUCCGCGGUGGCUACCCUUUCCCGUAACGCCAAAGUAACCGUUUACUUGGAUUAGUUCGUUCCUGGACGAUUUUCUCCAAGUAAAUAAUUUUUUAAAAAAGGUGAGAAACCAUACACUUGGAUUGUGACAAGAAAUCAAGUGUCACAUGAGGAAUAUUAUUUGUAUCGUAUUCGAAAAAGUGUCAUGUACGACACGAUAAUUUUGGUCUACAAAAAUUCAAGCAUGUCUGUGAUGUCGGGACCAAGUUACUCUGCAUAUACCUGGACUGCCCAGGGUGGCGGUUUUGGUAACCAAACGGUGGUGGACAAAGUACCCCCGGAAAUGCUCCACUUGGUUGAUGCUCACUGGUAUCAAUUCCCACCGAUGAAUCCCCUAUGGCACGCGAUCCUUGGCUUCGUGAUCGGGUGCCUGGGUGUGGUCUCCGUUAUCGGCAAUGGUAUGGUUGUCUACAUCUUCACCACGACUAAAAAUCUCAGGACCCCUAGCAACCUCCUCGUGAUCAAUCUUGCCUUCUCGGACUUUCUCAUGAUGUUCUGCAUGGCGCCACCCAUGGUAAUUAACUGCUACUACGAAACUUGGGUGUUCGGUCCACUGAUGUGCGAAAUAUACGCAAUGCUGGGGUCCCUGUAUGGAUGCAGUUCCAUCUGGACAAUGACAAUGAUCGCUUUCGACAGAUACAACGUGAUCGUCAAGGGGUUGGCCGGCAAACCGUUGACCAUCAACGGAGCACUUCUCAGGAUCCUGGGAAUCUGGUUAUUCGCUGUCAUCUGGACGGUUGCUCCAAUGAUUGGAUGGAACAGAUAUGUACCUGAAGGUAACAUGACUGCCUGUGGUACUGACUACCUCAACAAGGACUGGUUCUCGCGAUCGUACAUCUUAGUGUACAGUGUCUUCGUCUACUAUAUGCCUCUGUUCCUCAUCAUCUACAGUUACUUCUUCAUAAUUCAGGCUGUUUCAGCUCACGAGAAGAACAUGAGGGAGCAGGCCAAGAAAAUGAACGUCGCCUCCCUAAGAUCAUCUGAGAACCAAAACACCAGUGCUGAAUGCAAGCUGGCUAAGGUAGCCCUGAUGACCAUCUCUCUAUGGUUCAUGGCAUGGACCCCAUACCUGGUGAUCAACUAUGCUGGUGUCUUUGAGUCAGCCAAGAUCACUCCACUCUUCACAAUCUGGGGAUCGCUCUUCGCCAAGGCCAACGCCGUAUAUAAUCCCAUCGUCUAUGGCAUCAGUCAUCCGAAAUAUCGUGCAGCUCUCUUCCAAAGAUUCCCAUAUCUGGCUUGUGCCAGUGAGUCGGCUCCAUCUGUCGAUGCUACCUCAACGGUAUCCGGCACAGCGACGCUCAGCGACAGCGAGAAAUCUGCUGCUUAAACAGUCAUAAAGUUGUAAACAAAUGACAGGAACAAGAGAACUAAAAAUCAGGCAACGCUAAUGGAAUUUCGCAUGGAACCGACCUGGAGGACAGUAAUGAUAAUGUCUGAGAUAAAAAACAUCUAUAGAAGUUGUUAUUCAUACUUCCUACUGGAAUACUCAAAAUCCAUCAGACUGUAUAUAUAAAAAAAAUCUUAUGAAAAAAAUCAAUGAGGAAGAUAUAGUUAUAAUAACUAUUUUGCGACGUGAAUACAAUUGAUCUAGGUCGUUUCCAAGAACAAAGAUUGAAACAUCGCGUCAAUUGGCUUAUGGGAAUCAGGAUGGCGGGGGUCCGAUAAUUACAAAAGAAUGACAAAACGCAACCGCGCCUCACGUAUAGUUCUAAUGAUCGACUGAGUAGAGUUUGUCUACCCUUGAUUUUAUGAUUCGAUUCUCACCACAAUUCGAAUCGUUUACAAUCGAACGAUAGAACAUAUUCGCACGUUGAUCAUUCGUCCAUGAUACGAGGCCCUCGAACGGUUCUUAAAGGUUUCGCUAUACGAGCGACAAAAACGCCAUAUCGUCGUUCUAACCUGGCGAUUACGUCUAACUGUGUUUUAUUUUGUAAGUCUUAAUACACCAUGCAAGCAAGUCA